GCCGGGUCCAGUCGAACGGCGGAGCGACACGGCGCGGCACCGUCCGCCACCCGCGUCAUCUCGCGUUGCGUCGAGCAGCAGCUGAGCGGAAAAGGCGGGAGAAGGCUGCCGCUUCCGCGUCCGCGCAGCCCCGCACACACCGAGCAGUGGAGGCGCAAAAUGGACGAUAAGUUAAUAUUGGCCGUUUUUAAUUACCCGGAGCUUUACAACGUGACUUUACCCAACUACCGCUGCACAGAGAGCCGCGCACACGCCUGGAGGAACAUCAGCAUCUUACUGGGUCUCCCGUCUGAGGAGUGCAAAAGAAAAUGGAAGAACAUGAGAGACCGCUACUUGAAGGAGGUCCGAAUGGAGAUCAAAAGCAAGAAGCAAGGGGAGAUCGUGCAGAGCAGGUGGAAAUACAGACAACUGAUGAAUUUUAUUGCACCCUUCACUGGGUCGAGAAGCGGCGUGGCAGACAUCUGCGGCAACGAAGAUGACGAACAGGACAACCCUGACAACGAAUCUGGCAGCAUGGAGGGAGAAACCACGUCGUCUGAGGCGGUCAAGGCGCCGCAGUCCAUCAUGAAGGCCCCUGUGAGUCAACCUGAACUCAAGCCCCAAGUGGCGUUUGUGACGCAGGUUCCUUCAAUGUCCCAGGACACUCAGAUGGCCCAGCUGGCUGUUAUGGCCAAGCUGCCUUCAAGCUCUCCGAUCGCACCCAUUAGCAAAACCGGGCGGAAGCGGCGUCUGAUUCAAGAGUCACUUUUGCCGCCUUCCUCUCAAAGUAUACAGUCCCCGACAAAAUGGCUGGUCAAAGACAAUGGUGCCUCAUUUCCCACCAGGCCACGGGAUGAGGAUGAACUAUUCCUGCUGAGCUUUGUUCCUGCUCUUAAGCGACUCGCUCCACAGAAAAGGUGCGAGACAAAAAUAAAGAUCCAGCAGAUUAUGUAUGAAGCCGAGUUUAACGUCACACAGGCAGAAUCCCAAGAGAAACAAACAGAGCAAGAAGCACAAGACUGAACCAAACAGACUAUUUUUGUACUUUAUUCUGUUUUCUAUAAACCUCUUCCACAGAAUGACCAAAAUAUUGAUUUUUUUCUUUUGUUACAGCAUAAAGUGGUUUAGUUAAAGAAACAUCUUUUUUCAUGUAAAAUAAUUAAGACUGAAGAAAAACAUUCUACUUCUCAACAGAGUAUUUCCAUUUUCCACACCACGUCUGUCUGGUGUGUCUUCAUUUGCAUAUUAACUGAGCAGGUAAGGCUUAUGUGAGAAUGAAACCUUCAUAGGAAAAAAAGAGCCUGAUUAACAUCUUUAUUCACAUUAGCUUUUACUGUCAUAGUGUGAAUUCAGAUUAAGAGUAAAGAUUUCAUGUGAUCAGA